AUGAGCUUCACACCAGGACAGGAGCACUAUCGGCCUGCCUUUGACAAUAAACCCACCCCAAAGAUCAGCUCAGGGCUGCCCUUUGAAAAUGCAUGCGCCAAGCAUGUCGAACAGACUUUCAAGGCCACGCGAGUCUUUAUCUUGGCGUCCAGGUCUCUAUCUAAACAGACCGACUCUCUAGAAAAGCUGAGACGAGCGCUGGGCGACCGUGUGGCGGGCUGUCGCAUCGGCAUCAGCCCGCAUACGCCCAUCUCCGAAGUCGUUGAAGUCAUAGACGAGGUCAAAGAGCUGGAUGUUGACUGCCUCGUCACCCUUGGAGCUGGCAGUAUCACCGAUGCUGCUAAACUGGUCAGGUUUGCAAUUGCCAACUCGGCGUGGGACGAGAAGGCGAUAAGCACGUUAUGGGGUGGUCACUCAUACAACGCAAACCGUCGUGAGCACAUCAAUAAGCCAAAGACCCCACUAAUUUGCAUACCGACUUCUCUGUCCGGCGGAGAAUACCAGGCUAUCGCAGGUGCAACGGAGACCUUGACCACACGGGCCAAAAGGACAUUUGAGCCUAACGUCGAUCCGGAACUGGUCAUUCUAGACCCGGAACUAGUCAAAACCACUCCUCAGUGGGUUUGGCUGAGCACUGGUGUCAGGUCGAUUGAUCACUGCAUAGAGACCAUGUGUAGUCUGCAGAGCACCCCAGAAGGAGAUGCUGCAGCGAGCCGUGGCUUGGGUAUGCUGGUUCCAGGACUUCUAAGAUCAAAAGCAAACCCAGAUGACUCGGAGGGUCGGUACCUGUGCCAGCUCGGAGUGAUUCAGGCCAUGCAGGCUGUUUCUACAGGGACGCCACUGGGUGCAAGUCACGCGAUCGGUCACCAACUUGGACCACUGGGUGUCGGACACGGCGAGACGAGCUGUAUCCUUUUACCUGCCGUGUGCAAGUUCAACGCCGCAAAUGGGGCGAACAUUGCCAGACAAGCUGAGGCUCGAGAGCUACUGUUGGGACUAGCUCCUGUACAAGCCGUGAUCAAAGCCAGAGGUCGGACCGCGAGCAAUCUUGACCUAGGCGACAUCCUCGAUAUUGUGAUUCGAGAACUCGACAUGCCCCGGUCCCUCGCCGCGGUCAAGAUUGGCAGAGACAAAUUCGAUCUGCUUGCGGUGAACAGCCUGCAUGAUUUGUGGAUCCGGACCAACGCCUUUCCCAUUACAGAGAAGGAUCAAGUGUUGGAAAUCCUGAACAUGGUGGCAGAGUGA